AUGUUCUGCGACGACAAAGACGACGACGACAACGACGACAACGACGACAACGACGACAACGACGACAACGACGACGGAGGAGAUACAGCAAACAUCGAGUUCACGGCCGCGUUUCCGAGGCAUAACAUGGGACUUGGACUUGGACUUGGACAUGGACAUGGACUUGGUAAUGGACCUGGACCUACGGCCGGAUUGAGAAAUGCGAGGCCGCGCAGACGACGCGCCGCUGACGUGCUGGGGUUUGCGAUUCACGACGAUGGAGCAGGUGCUGGAGCAGGUGCUGGUGCUGGGGCUGGGGCUGGAGCGGGCGCCUUGAUGAAGGCGGUUCGACGGAACGCUGGUGCUGGUGUUGGUGCUGGUCCGACCGCCAGUGCAAUCGCUCAACCGCCUCAGCGACCGAAGAGGGGUGUCAAUUUCGUGGGUCAUGUGGCUUCAACUUCAGCUUCAACUUCAACGUCAACUUCAACGGGCGCAACAUCCUCGGUUCACCACGCUCACGACGCUCAUGACGUUCAUGACGCUGUCUAUCAGCACAAUUUUGUGGAAAAGGCAAACACACGCACGGACGCCACGUCGCGCAGACUGUCGCAAGCGCCGAGACGACCGGUCGUCAACAAGGUUGACAGCGCGACGGUUGUGGCACCACCCUCUCCUCCACUGGUGCCGGAACAGCCGAUCUCGAUGCCGACUUUGACCGCUACAACGGUAGUACUCAAACCCACGGCCGCACGGCGAGGCACCAUCUAUAUCCCCUCCGAGGACACGACCAUGCCGAGCAUGUACAUGGGGAUGUUCAGCCCGAUCAAGGAUCUCGACGCCGCGAAAGCGGCAUCCAUGUCCGCGAUUGCCGAGGAUGUCGAAAUCACGGGGAUUGCGGCGCAAAUGCUGGCGAAGAAGCAGCGCGGCCGCGGGCGGAAGUCGAUGAUUGCCAUGUCUCCUAAGAGAGGGGCCUUGCAGGUCUCAUCGCGGAACCUCCAGGAUAGUGCCCUUGUGGAGGACCGCUGGGGUCAGGGCGGUGGGAAGGAGAACGUGCCUCCUGGUCAAGCGGAGGUGGGCGACAAGAAAACCAAGUUGAUAAAGCGUACGUCGGUGGUUGAUGUAAGAGGCACUGGUGGCGAGGCUACAUCACGUCGACCUCAACCGCAGGCCACGAGAGUAUCCCGGGUCUAUGAAUCUACGGCGAGCGCGAGGACCAGAGCCAACGACAAGAAGAUCGCUCAGCGUACCAUUACGAAGCCCGGCUGGAAUGCCGGCCCACGGCUGAAGACGAGUCAACCGGUGCCAGUACGAUCACAAUCGCCAGAGCCAAGGUCAGACUCUGUGACACCACACGAGGACGUAGCGCAAAACAGGAAGCCGUCGAUUCCCAGUCGCUUCGUCAUGCCCCGGCUCGGGCUUCAGCAGCGCAUUAGAGAGAUAUACCCUGUGCUCAGUGACGAUCUUGCCGACCUCUCCAUGUACGAGGACAAUUGGCUAAACCAUCAGGAGAUAGCAAUCACCCAGCUCCUCAACAACCUCUUCGGAGCGUCCACGACGAUUCACUCACCGGCUGAUUCAGAGAUGUUAAGAAUCCGACUGCUGGAGAGAUACGGCGGCGGAGAAAAUGCCCUGCUGUACAAGCGACUGCAGGGAGCACUGCUUUAUGGUUCCCUCUGUGUUCCCUCCGAGAUCCUGCAGGGAGCGGGCCGCUUAAGUAGCGAUCUCGGGAGACGCAAGGCAUACACGGAUCUCUGGCUUGAGACGUACGAUCUCUCUUGUCUUCAGUCAGCUGUCGAGGUUGUUAUUGGGCGACAGUGCACAAAGUCGAGGACUUCAUCGUCGAGCCACAGAAGUAGCGAUGGACAAAGUGUCAGUCGCCGCGCUUUACAAGAGUUCAUCGAGACGUUCAUGAUCAGAAACGAAGAUGGGACACCAGAUGAGCUCUGCACAGACCGUGCUGCUUGGUCUUAUCAACGCACCUUACUUCGGAGCCUGAUGCUCAUCAAGCUUUUGGACAGCACGAAGGCUCCACAGCAAAGACUCUUUCGUGGCUGUCUCUUCCAGCCUUCCUCACAGUACAAGUCAUCUGCGAGUGUUGCCAGGGCUCUUUUUCAGCUGCUGAAUCCGAGUGCUGGGGAUCCGAUUCGAGCCUUGAGUCAUGUCGCAUACACCGUCAGUCACUCACAAUAUCCUCUCGAAGAAUACUCGUACCGGGUCGAGAACAUUGCAGUCGAUCUGCGCGAUGGGGUGCGUCUGACGAGGCUUGUGGAACUCCUCCUGUACCCGUCGGCAUCCAACUCGCUCGAACAUGUGCAUGACCCAGAGUCUAGCACGACUGUUGUUCUACCAGACGGAGAGCUGUUGUUGCUGACAGAUGGAGAACGCGAUUGGCCUCUGUCCCAGCAUCUCAAGUUCCCCUGUCAUGGCCGAGCAACCAAACUGUACAAUGCUCAGAUCGCGCUCAGUGCGCUCCAUGGUGUCAAGGGCAUGUCUGCACUAGUCCAAGACAUUAGAGCUGAAGACAUCGUCGAUGGCUAUCGGGAAAAGACGGUCAAGCUGCUUUGGGGUCUGACCAGUAAAUGGGGACUCAGUGGCCUGAUCGACUGGGACGACGUCCAGCUUGAAAUCAAGAGACUCUGCCGGAUAGGCAACAGCAGCCAAGACAACGACUUCUAUGACAUGGUGGAGGAGAAAGAAGGUUAUCCUCGCCACAAAGUGCUGCUCAAGUCAUGGGCUCAAGCGAUUGCUAGCAAGAAAGGCAUCGUGGUGAAGAACUUGACGACCAGCUUCGCCAACGGACGAAUCUUCGAAGCCAUCGUGGACGAGUAUGAAGGAUACGUCGCCGGCAAUGACAAGGACAAAGACUCGUCCUCUCAAAGUCGACCACUCUCCGCACGACUUCGUGGCCUCGGUUGUAGCGAGCAAUUUGCCAUGCUCUUCUCGCCCACGUCCCCGGGAUCGCCAAACCGCACUCACCUCUUCGACCGAGACUUUGUGUUAGCCGCGCUAGCGUUUCUCUGCUCGAGGUUGCUUGGCCCAACAAAAGGUGUCAGGUCGGCCGUGACGAUCCAAAAGGCGUGGCGUUCAUAUUGGGCGCGAGUGCUCGAUGGGCGCAAGGUCAUGGUCAAGGCACUGGCGGAACGAUGUGCCCAGUCUGUCCGAGACAGGGGCUGCAGGCGGACGGCAGAAGCGAGUAACGGUGGUCCUAGCAUGGGUUUGGGCAAGGACCGUGGGGUGGCUGAAGGAAGAGACCAGGCUGAGUCGGGCAGCAACAUCCACGCCGGGAUUGCAUUUCCUGCGGAGACAGAGGAAGAAGACAUCUGGCUCAACAUAUGA